GAUUCAGGGAAAGGCACUUCACUUGUUCAAAAGGAGCAGAGAUCAACGCAGCAGACUUUGUUCUUGAACACCUCUCUCCACUUCUGUGUUGAAUGCAGCCAGUUGAGAUGUUAUGACUGAAAUAAAAAUCCUGGUUUGACAGACUCCCGCCUUCCCUCUUGUCUGUAACAAGAGGCUGAACAAACACUGACUACCAGGUAUCAAGGGUGACAGGAUGGAGAUAAGAACCUGGAUAGAGCCUGUGGUCGCUGCAGCUCAGCUUGCCAGCUCUUUCUACGACACCAGCCUGCUGCUGGUUGUGAAGAAUUACUAUAACCACACAAACACUUCCUCUGUAAGUGCCAGUGAAGGAGCUCAACAGAAAGCCAUCUCUAACUUCUACAUCAUCUACAACCUCCUCCAGGGCCUGACCCCGCUGCUGUCCGCUUACGGCCUGGCCAAGCUGGGUGAUGUGAAGAACAGGAAGAUCUCCAUCUGUGUUCCCCUCCUUGGCUAUUUGCUUUCCCGGACUUUCCUGCUCCUUUUGAUCCUGCUGCCGUGGCCAAUCGAGGUGAUGUAUGGAGCAGCUGUCUUGCAUGGUUUGAGUGGAGGGUUCACUACUUACUGGGCCAGCAUCACAGCUGUGGCAUCUCUGGCCUCCUCAGAGAGCAGGCGAUCCCUGCGCCUCAUUGUUAUUGAGCUCAUCUAUGGCAUCGCUGGCUUCUUGGGGAGCAUAGCAUCUGGACAUCUUUUCAUCACUUUCCACCUUGGUUACCAGCAGGGCACAGUGCUGGUUUCUUCCAGCAUUGCCUUAUAUGCUUUUUGUCUUUUCUACAGUCUGUUUGUUCUUAAAGUCCCCAAGCCUGCCGGUUCUUGCCCAGUUGCUUCCAUGAGCAUGGAUCAUCCUGAUGGCAAGCUGACUGAUGAUGAAAGAGAUUCGGUCUUCCAAAAAUCUGAGCAUCAACCCACUCUAGUGCCUUCCAAGCUCAUCAUUGCCAUGCUCUUUGUGGGGGCCAUCAUGUACGACUUAGCCGUGGCAGGAGCCAUAGAUGUGUUGCCACUCUUUCUGCUUAAAGAGCCCCUCAGCUGGGGACCAGAAUACAUCGGAUAUUCCUAUGCAGCUGGCUACAUGAUCUUUAUCACCAGCUUCCUGGGUGUCUUUGUGUUCUCCAGGUUCUUAAGAGACACCACGAUGAUCAUUAUAGGGAUCCUGUCCUUUGCUGCGGGCAUCUUCAUCAUGGCCUUUGUACGAUGGACAUAUCUGUUUUACAUUGCUCGUGUGGUUAUGCUGUUUUCCCUCAUUCCAUUGCCAACGAUCAGAUCUGUGUUAUCCAAACAUGUAGCAGGUUCCUCAUAUGGAAAAGUGUUUGUUCUACUGCAGCUGGCACUGGUGGUUGCAGGAGUUGUGACAUCAACAGUCUUUAAUAAAAUCUAUCAAAGCACAUUGGACUGGUUCGGGGGAUUCUGCUUCCUCUUGUCUUGUGGCAUAACUUGCUUAAGCCUCAUCCCCAUCAGUAUUGUAGCAAACAAGCAACGCAAGUCAUCUGGUUCACUGGAGAUUUUAACUGACUGAGCACAAACAAGUGUGCAUUCCUUCAGAGAUGGACAUUUGGGCUGGAACCUCUUCCACGGUUGUGUGGCCCAGAGGAUCACUGCUUUAGAAAGGAAAGUGACUUUUGGCCUUCUGAUUGGUUGCACUGACAGCGAUGUUUAUCUGCAGGAACCAGUCAUGGUGUUUUCAUAUG